AUGGAGAGCGACAGGUUUUCAGAUGAAGACCCCGCCCCGCCUGACGCGCCGCCGCGCGGCGCCCCCGACGCCGGCCUCGGCUCGUCGCUGUACCGCGGCCUCCAGGGCGCCAAGCGCGCCCUCGCGAGCGCGCUCUUCCACUACGCGCUCGUCGUGCCGGACAAGUCCAGGAAGGACGCCAGCCUCGCGGAUAUGGAGGACAUGCGGUCCAGGCUGUCGCCCGACGACGACGAUGACGCGUCUGAAUCGUCGGACGACGGCGGCGACUUCGACGACGCGGACGACGGCGGCGCGCCGCCCGCCAGCGGCAGCAGCGCCAGCAGCGGCGGCAGCCGGACCUUCUCACGGACGGCGAGCGGGCGGCCGCUGAGGCGGUUUGGGACGCUCAAGGAGCUGCGGGGGGACCUCGAAUUCAAAGAGGCUGUGGUUGGUGGGUGGCGGCCUGCGGUUUGA